AUGUUGCGUUCAGUCGUCGCUUUCGCCGUCAUCCUCUCCCUCUCCCUCUUCCCCGGCGUUCUCUCAGGACCAGCGUGCGCGAGGAAGCAUCGUCAAGCUGCAGACUGCGUUCAAAGGUGCAAAACAAAAUGGGGCUUCCCCGGUCGUAUGAUGGGCACCAACUCCUGGGGAGUUGUGAUGCAGAAAGAUGUAAAACAGUCUAGCGAGGUCUGGGACCAAGCAGUGGCAGCAGCGUGCGGCACUAACGCUGCGAAAGCUACCACAUCUGGAGGGCCCGUCAAGGCCGAUGGCGCUCUACCCAUUGGACCUCCGUCGCCCUCUACCAGCUCUGUUAUCUUGAGCGUAUCCACCCCGGUUGUACAAACUUCGUCAUCCAUUGCGACUACUUCUAGCUCAUCAGCUGCUACUACCACCACGGCGGCGGCGGCCCCGAACAAGGCUAUCGUUAAAGGUGGUUUGGGCGGGGCGGCUCCGACGACAACGACGACGAGUAGCAGCAGUACUGUAGCACCAUCUAGCUCAGCUCCUCCGCCUCCUUUACCGCCACCUCCACCACCUCCCAAAGAGACACCCCCUCCACCACCUCCUCAAACCACCCAACAGCCUCAACCAAAGCCUUCCCCACAGCCGAAGCCAGCACCCGCGCCUGCUCCAGCGCCAGCGCCCGCUCCCCCUUCAAGUGGCAACGGCGGUGGUUCUUCUAGCGGCGGCGAUAUCGAUGUCUACUUGUCUGCCCACAACUCCUUCCGAAGCCAGCACGGCGCUGCACCAUUAACUUGGAGUGACAAUCUCGCGAGCAAGGCCCAGCAAUGGGCUAACAACUGCGUAUUCCAACACUCGAAGGGUGCGCUUGGAGCGUUUGGAGAAAACUUGGCGGCCGGUACUGGGAGCGCUUAUGACAUCCAGUCUGCCAUCAAGUCGUGGACGGACGAAGUUAAGGACUACAACCCUAACAACCCUGUUCCAUCCCAUUUCACCCAAGUCGUCUGGAAAGGGAGCAGUCAAGUCGGAUGUGCUGAAGCGCUUUGCGACGGCAUUUUCGAUGCUAAGUUUGGGAAAGCGAAAUAUUUCGUUUGUGAAUACUCGGCCCAGGGAAAUAUCAUUGGCCAAUUUGCUCAAAACGUUCAAGCUUGA